CCCCGGCACCUGCGGAAGGGUGGGAGGCACAGACCGAGCCUUGCAGAGGUGACGGUUCAGCGCAGGUGGGAAGGCUCGGAGCUCCGGCAAGCGGACAGGUCGAAGCAGCAGGCACACUAUGAGCCUGGUAGCCUGUGAAUGUCCACCUGGCCCAGGCCUGGAACCAGAGCCCUGUUCACGGGCACGGUCCCAGGCCUGCGUGUACCUGGAACAGAUUCGUAACCGGGUAGCUACAGGGACAGCUGACGUGACCAAGCGUGACUACCUGGUAGACGCAGCUACACAGAUCCGCCUGGCGCUGGAGAGAGAUGUCAGUGAAGACUACGAGGCCGCCUUCAACCACUACCAGAAUGGUGUGGACGUGCUGCUCCGUGGUGUGCAUGUUGACCCCAACAAGGAGAGAUGUGAGGCUGUGAAGCUGAAGAUCACCAAGUACCUCCGGAGGGCAGAGGAGAUCUUCAACUGCCACCUGCAGCGGACACCGGGGAGUGGAGCCAGCCCCAACACGGGCUUCAGCAGCUUGAGGCUCCGGCCCAUCCGCACACUGAGCUCUGCUCUGGAGCAGCUGAAGGGAUGCAGGGUCGUUGGGAUCAUCAAGAAGGUGCAGGUGGUCCAGGACCCAGCAACCGGAGGGACCUUCGUCGUGAAGAGCCUUCCCAGGUGUCACAUGGUAAGCCGGGAGCGGCUGACUAUCAUCCCACAUGGCGUCCCUUACAUGACAAAAUUGUUGCGAUACUUCGUGAGCGAGGACUCCAUCUUUCUGCACCUGGAGCAUGUGCAAGGAGGCACUCUUUGGUCAUAUCUACUCUCCCAAGCCCACUUUCAGUCCUCUGGGCUCAAGUCUGGCUCUGUCCAGGAGAAGUCGAAAGCCCAACUCAGCACCGGUCUCAGCCUCAUGACCUCAGCAAAGAUCCCACCAGGCCACGCCCUGAGGUGGGGCAGAAUCCCAAUGGAGCCUCCAUGGACUUCCCAGAGCCUUCCCCCAGCCCUCCAGCUUCAGAAAGAGGCUGACGUUGAACCUUCAUCCAGGACCUGUGCUGUCUGCUCUUCAGACCUCACAGAGGCCCCGUGUGGCCACUUCCACAGUCAAGUCAGGCGAGCUGGUCAGAGUUUGAACCCAGCACCCACUCAGAGGCUCCACUGGGUACGAGAAGGGGCUGACCGGGUGCUAGGGGCCUAUGGCCGAGGCAGGGGUCAGAACUCCUCAUCAGCAAACCAGGCCAGCCUGGGGAGCCGAAGAGCUGCCUGGAGCCUGAGGGAGGGUCAGGUGAAGCAGUGGGCAGCUGAGAUGCUGCUGGCCCUGGAGGCGUUACAUCAGCAAGGGGUGCUGUGCCGGGACCUCAACCCACAGAACCUGCUCCUGGACCAGGCAGGUCACAUCCAGCUCACGUAUUUUGGCCAGUGGUCAGAAGUGGAGCCCCAGUGCAGCCAGGAGGCUGUGGACUGUCUGUACAGUGCUCCAGAGGUUGGGGGCAUUUCUGAGCUGACUGAAGCCUGUGACUGGUGGAGCUAUGGGUCACUUCUGUAUGAAUUGCUCACAGGAAUGGCACUGUCCCAGAGCCACCCUUCAGGAUUCCAGGCCCAUACCCAACUCCAGCUGCCUGAGUGGCUCAGUCGCCCAGCAGCCUCUCUGCUGACUGAGCUGUUGCAGUUCGAGCCCCAGCGGCGCCUAGGUGCUGGAGGUGGUGGCACCAGCAAACUCAAGUCCCACCCCUUUUUCAGUACCAUCCAGUGGAGCCGGCUAAUGGGGUAAGAGGAGGGUAAGUGGACAGAACAGCCGGCCCAGUUCUCUCUCGACUGUCUGUCAGCUGGGCUGGCCCCUCUCAUCAGUGGACUUCAGGGGAAGAAUGUGGGGCAGCCACUUUUUCUGCUCACCACCUGCUUAGGCCUCAGACCGAGGACUGCCACAGCCCUGGAGAAGCUGCGGGAAGGGCUGUGAGGUGGACCCUGUGAGCAACCUACACUCAUCGGUCAACAGAUACGUGUUGAACCACCUUGUACCUUUAGCUGGGACCUAUCAUGUUAAAGGGUGCCUUCUGUUGCUCUAGUUCCAAACUGCUCAACACUUGCCGAGUCAAAUGACGAAUCUGGGGACACUGCUGCCAUUUGUGCACCACAUAGGGCAUCUCUGGAGACAUCUCAGGACACUGAACCUCUGGCUCAGUAGACCCAAACCAGGACUGUCCUUGGUCCACUUUAGUCACACAACCAGAGGCUGUUCCUACUGUGGUCUGGGUGCUAGGAGGGUGGUUAGUCUGUAGGGUGAAGUGGGGAGAGGUGGGGCUUAGGGUCUCCACUCCUGACCCUUAACUUGAUUACUUACUUAGGAGAAAAUCAAGGAGAAGAGAAGCCAGUGGGGUUAAGAGCGGGCUAAGAAUGCGGUUGUACCACUUAGACGGAGUUGGAAAACAGAAUAAAGUGCUUUAUUCUUUGGCUGGCUCUCCUGUGUCAGAAGAGCUUGCUUCACAGGACCAGUAGUCCAUUCUUCUCAGGUGUUGGUUGUUUCCCACUC